AUUUGUGCUGUGUCUGUGUGCGGCAGUGAGUGCAGUGGUGUGUCAGAGGCAGGGACAGACAAGCAGCCAUGGAUGAUGUAUAUAAAGCAGCGGUUGAGAACUUGACGGAAGAACAGAAAAAUGAGUUCAAGGCUGCAUUCGACAUCUUCAUCCAAGAUGCAGAGGAUGGCUGCAUCAGCACCAAAGAGUUGGGGAAGGUAAUGAGGAUGCUGGGACAGAAUCCCACCCCUGAAGAGCUACAGGAGAUGAUUGAUGAAGUGGAUGAGGAUGGCAGUGGCACAGUUGAUUUUGAUGAAUUCUUGGUUAUGAUGGUCCGUUGCAUGAAGGAGGAGAGCAAAGGAAAAUCAGAGGAGGAGUUGGCAGAACUGUUCCGCAUGUUUGACAAGAACGGAGAUGGCUACAUAGACUUAGAAGAGCUGAAGACCAUGUUGGAAUCCACUGGAGAGUCCAUCACAGAAGAUGACAUUGAGGAGCUGAUGAAGGAUGGGGACAAAAACAACGAUGGAAAAAUUGAUUAUGAUGAGUUCCUUGAGUUCAUGAAAGGUGUUGAAUAAAGGAUUCAGAUGAAGGACUCACUGCACCACCAUCUAGGGCGAUUCCUGAAGAUAUGCCUCCUCCUUUUGUCUGCAUUUUACAAUACAAACAACACACCUGUCCUUGGCAGACACCUGCCCUGUCCUGUCUAUUAUUCUAUUAUGAUAGUGAUGAUUCAUUAAAAUGUCAAAUAUAAGGACUAUUUUGAUUAAAAAGAUUUUGA